UAGAAAGAAGAAUGGUAGCUCUGUAAGAUGGUAUAACUUUACCAGCUGUAUAAUAUAAUUAAAUGCUAAAAAUGUUCAAUUUAAAAUUUUAAAAUGAUUUUUUUCCAUGAAAAAAUAAUUUUACAGCCGCCAAAGUUGUAUAUUCCGAAAGGGCAUCCAAUUUGCCAUAAAACUGUUACGAUUUAAUGAACACUCCAUGUAUGGGGUCGGACCGCAGUAAAUGAAACCAAUGUAUACAAAUCGCGACGACCCGCAUCUAAAUUUCGCCGGCUUGAGUCAAGAUUGUGUUGAAUUCCGGAACACCCGACCUCGGUUCGGAACCAGAUUUUGUGUUUAUUCGUUGAUUACAGUGGAUUUAAAAGCACGUGCAGAGCAAGAUAUUAGCAUAAAAGAAAGGGGAAACUCAUUGGCCUACCAAAAAUUUUGUAUUGUUGUGAAAGCAACAACAGGACUCCUGAAUACUUUUGAAGGAAACCAUAUGUCAAAUACAUUUUCUAUACUCUGGACCAAUGGAAGGAUCCCUUACUAGAUUCCAUAAUUUGAUCUGUAAACUUGAAGAAGACAAACUCAACCAGGAUAUUGACUAUUAAUUACAAUGCUACCCAACCUCAUAGAGAACUUUCCCAAUCAGGAUAUUGACCUGUCUUUUUGAACCUGCUCUAAGAUUUCUGAUAAUUGUAUAAGUUAGGAGCUAGACAUUUCCAGAAGUUGACUUUGAUCAAUAACUAACUAGAAGAAAUAAAUAUACUAGUAACAAGUAACUUUAUGCUAAACAAGUCAUGAUUAGGAACCAGAGUAACAAAACUAGAUGAACAUCACAACUCUAUUAGGGUAAUUUAAAAAGAAUUUCAGUCUAAUUAGUUAUCUUACUUCGUCAGUUUUUAAAAUGCAUGGAAUUUCUUCUUAUUAUAGUAUAUAAGUAAAGUAGUAGUAUAGUUAUUUAGUUUUUUAUAACAAAGUAAUGCUUACAUGUUUCCUACACAAUUUAUAUUA